GGUGGAGACGGUCGCACUGCUCCAUCAGUCAGCGCGACAGAGACAUCGCGAUAGUGUGAAAGCGAGAAGGCGUGUGUGUUAUUGUUAUUGUUUUCAUUACAAGGCGCGCGACGAGUGCGAAAUGCCAGUGUUGUUGCUGCUACGCUGAAUGGCGCAACGGAAUGAAAAAGCUGAUAAAACCCGAAAACAAAUUGAGUAAACAAAGCAGUGCAAAAACCGAACAGAAAUUGAUAAGCAUAAAAUUAAUAAACGCUCGUAAACGCUACCGUUGCACCUGUGAAAGCGGUAUUAAAUGGACAGAAUCUCAAUUGCACUUGGAGCCAUCGGUGGGCGGCGAGCCAUGUAAGACUAGGAGCCGGAGACCACAGCCACCAGAAUGUCCAGAUAGCAGCCCCAGGAUCCCCGUCUCGAUCUCAACCAGGCGCAGCAAUCAGCAUACAUUCAAAAGUCCAGAAAAGUGAAGGAAUUCGAAUAGAAAUUUCUGGUUACCAAACAUGGCACACUACAGUGGUCAUCGCCAGCCGGCGGAGGUGCCGGCCCAUUUCAAGGAUCUCUUCACCAAUGGCCAGUUGGGCGCGGCUGAGGAGGGCAACAAUAACAAUGACCAGAACGAGCAGGAGAAUCGUCCCAGUAACAAUAAUAAUAAUGCUGGACCCACGGAUCCCGCCUGCUGGGUCUUCGGUUACGGAUCCUUGUGCUGGCAUCCCGGCUUCACCUACACCAAGUGCAUCACCGGCUACAUUAGGGGAUAUGUUCGCCGUUUCUGGCAGGGCAACGUCACACAUCGCGGCUGCGAAGAAAAGCCUGGACGUGUUGCAACGCUCGUUGAGGACAAAGAGGGAAUCACUUGGGGCUGCGCCUACAGAAUAACAGGCAGCACGGCACUGGACUAUCUCAAGCAGCGCGAGUGCACGCUGGGUGGCUAUGCAACGAUUGAUACCAAGUUCUUCCCGCGCGUCGCCUCGCAGGACACGCCCUUUAGCGGCGAGGCGGUUGAGGUACUGGUCUAUGUGGCCACGCCAGAGAAUAUCCAUUGGCUGGGCGAUGAUCCGGUGGAGGAGAUUGCCCAACAGAUUGUAUCCUGCCGCGGUCCCAGCGGACACAAUGCGGAGUACCUGCUGCGCCUGGCGUUGUUCAUGCACGAGGAGAUACCCGGCGUUAGGGACGAUCAUCUGUUCGAGCUGGAGCGCUUGGUUUUAGAGGAACUGUAUCGCCGCCAAAUACCUCUGUCGUCUGUGAUGGGCCGCAAUCCAGAUAGGAUACGGCGCGACUCGCACGAGGACAUCCGCCGCCCGCCAUCCUUCGAGUUCACCUCCCGUGUGCCCGAUACCAAACUGCGUUGCCUGAACAUUUGAUUGCUGGUGUGCUGGCGCGAUGGCGGCCGAAGACGGACCGCGUUGAUUGCUAGAGCAAAUUCCAAAUUAUUGAUCCGACAUGAUGUUAGCUUGUUAGGUAACCAGAGUCUAUUGCCAAAUUUGACGUAUUUCUUUAAAUUGUAAAUAAUCCUAGGCCUAAUCAUAAGCAGCAACUCCUCGAUAAGUGAUCUGAUUUAGCCAAUAAGCUAGGAUUAAGCACAAAACACUUUUUACACGCAACUGUCAGGGAGUUAAAUUAAAACUGAAAUGAAAUGAA